AUGCGUGUCAAAAUCACGGCAAAUCUCCUCCAGGCCCUGGUGGCAAUGCGAUAUCCUUCGAGACCGCGCGCCGUCUGGGCCGACUCCAUCUCCAUAAACCAGGCCGAUAACGAAGAGAAAGGCCGCCAGGUCGCCCUGUUGGGCCCAAUAUACAACCGGGCGCGGAGGGUGCUCGUCCACCUUGCGGGUGAUGACGGCGGGCACGCUCAUCGGGCGGCGACGUUUGUAUCAGAGAAGCUGGUCAUGAUCCGUCAGAUGCCCGGCGACAACCUCGCGACGGCCCCGUACCCAUCGGCAGAGGAGAUACAGCUGGUGAUGGAAGAUCCCAGAUUACAAUCAGUGAAGUGUCUGCUGGACCACCAAUGGUUUGAACGAGGCUGGGUCAUCCAAGAGGCAGUGCUUGCGCGGGACGCAGUCGUUAUCUGGGGCUCGCGCAUGACUGCCAGGUUCAACUCGUUGAUGAUCUGUCACGGCUGGCUGUUCCGGAGUUUUCGGGGGAUGUACGCCAAGUACAACGUCAACCCCCUCAACGUCCUGUUAAACCUAUACCGCUACCGCUUCCGCCAGGUGGCGCGCUGCCUCGGAUACAGCUUGGAGACUCAGCCGAGCCUUCUGAGGGUCCUUGACUUGGCGCGCCCGGCAAAAUUCAAAAAUCCGAAGGACCGCAUAUACGCCUUUCUAUAUCUCGAUGGUCUCGACCAGCUCGAGACUGCUGUGAUGGACACGGCGCCCAGGUUGGCCAUCCAGCCGGAUUAUUCCAAAUACGUGGCCCAGGUGUAUGCCGACUUCGCGCGCCAUUGUUUCAAGACUGGGCAAAUUCACGAACCCGGAUUCCAGCAUUUCACGCAUUCGCCGAAGGACACUGGACGGACAUCGUUGCAUGGACCGGCACCAUGA